AUCGAUUCAGCAAUCACAGCAUACCCCCCAAAAAAAACCAAUCCAAAGAUGUUCAAAUUCGUCGCCUUCUUCGCCUGCCUGGCUGUGGCCGCCGCUGCCCCCGGUCUGAUUGCCGAGACCCACUCGAUUGUCCAGCCGGCGAUUCUUGCCAAGACCGCCUACGUGGACACCAGCGCCUCCUCGGCCAUCACCCACCAGAGCAACGUGAACCUGGUGCGCAAGGUGCCAGUGGUCUACUCCGCCCCGGUGGUUCAUGCUGCCCCAGUGGUUCAUGCCGCCCCGGUGGUUCAUGCUGCCCCAGUAGUUCAUGCUGCCCCGGUGGUCCAUGCCGCUCCCCUGGUCAAGACUGUGAUCCCUGCCGCUCCCGUCCUUAAGACUGUGGUGUCCGCUGCUCCUCUGGUCCACACUGUCGUCCCAGCCGCUCCGCUGGUCAAGACCGUCAUCCCAGCUGCUCCCGUCCUUAAGACCGUGAUCCCAGCUGCCCCUCUGGUCCACACCGUCCACAGCGCUCCAGUUGUCUACUCCGCCUACCACAAGUAAAUCCAUUGAAAGCGAACUCAUAUGGUUAUGAUAAAUUUGUUGAUCGAGAAAAUAAAAAAAUCAUUUGAAAUUAAAUAUAACUUUGAUUUCUUAAU